AUGGAGAAGAUUUCCCCACGCAACUAUGAGCCUGUCCCAAAGGUAGACAACAAUGGGGGAGAUUCCGGCGACGGUGACACCACGCUGACAAUGCGGCCACGACGCCGCUCCGUACAGCAGCUCCUGAAGCGUAAUCUGGCAACUGUCACCAUCACGGGGCUCCUCCUCACUCUGCUGCUCUUGGUAAUUGCGUUGAUUGCAGCAAUCACUCUCCAGCCAGUCCGACAGGCCCUAAGUCUGGAGUACUCGCCUGUCUACUCGAGCUCCUACCAGGGCGGACAGCGACAGUGCUUCCCCACAGCGCCUCGGACCAGACUCUCCUGCGGCAAUUCCACCGAGGAGGCUGAGGCGCUCGACUGCAGGUAUGAUCCGCUUUCUGCCUGCUGGCUUCACCGGGAGUGUCCGCACGACUAUGUGAAGGAGUUUACCGAGUUUAAUAAUGGCCAGCCUUUUAUAUAUUACUACGACAAGGAAAUGACCCGUCAGAUGAAGGACUACGACGAAGUUGGCCGCAACGUCAAUGGUUUCUAUUGGACUUCGAACCGCGAGCACUUGGUCCAUUGCCUGUAUCUUCUGCGACGGGCCCAUGAUGUGCACAUGCGUGGAGAUCGCCUCGACACGAUGCUGGCUGACCGGAAGCAUACCGACCAUUGCACCAACAUGUUGGCAAACUGGCUACGCAGGCCGGAUCCUGCGUUGGAUGAGCUGGGUACCCAGGGCCAAACGCACUGCUUCAUGUCGUGCAGUUAG